AUGCAGGCAGGAAUGUGUCAAUGGCGUGAGAUCGAGAUCGGGUGCAAGGCGCGAAGGUCGCGGGGUUGGGGAAGAGCGAAAGGGCGCGUCGUUCCCGUGACACGCCAAGGCUUCCGGAUUUUCGCGUUUCGCUUCGGGUGCAACUUCGACCCGCCCACCACCCCCGAAGGGCUUACAAUGGCCUCGACAUUGCCAGCCAACUCUUUUAAUGCGACACGAUGGCGACAUUUGCUGCGCGCUACUUUGCGCGAAUGUACCUACCUUCCCGAUCCCAUCGCUCGCCACUAUAUGCAUCAUGAGAUUCUAGCUCGGUACCGCGCAGCAGCCUCCCCCGGCCGCAGCCAGCCCGCCCACCUACUGAGUCGAAAAGCAAAAUCAAAAUUGUCUCUUCUGAAAAGAGCAAAUGCAGGCCACCCUAGUCCUCUCGAAAAGGUCCUGCUCACUUCAUACGGGCGUGUGGGGAAACGGCGACACCAACUGCUGGCCCAGAUGAUGACGCCCCCGAUCCCCGAGGACACGCAAGCGCUCAGAGGCUUGGUGGAACAACCAAAUCGGUUUGAUGAUGGCUGGCAAGCGCCGAGCAUCAUGAUGAGUCUCGCAAAGUCUCAAAUCAACAAUGGGGUGCUAACCGCAUCCCGGGUUCGGCCUCAAGUCAAAUCGCUCUUCCCACGCAUCCCCGAAGAAAACAGUUGGGGCAGCCCUGUGUGCCGAUCUCGUCGAGUCAAUAUCCGGAGGAAGUGGUAUCAAGACACGAUGUAUAGUCUGUUGCCACCACUGCCUGAGGAAGAUCUCCGCAUUCUGGACGGACUGAUCUCGGGAACAGUGAAAUGGGAGCCUGUGCCACGAAGAAAGCCCGGGCAGACAACCGUACAAGAUACCGCGCCUAUCAAACGUGACCUUCUCGGAUUGCUAGUCCAAGGACCUCAAAAGGAAGGCACUUUCGGUGCAUUUGUGGAUGGUCGACCGCACAGAAUCCGUUCUAGAUAUAUGCGACGCCAUUGGCGUCGCGUUUCUUCUUUGGUGCCUCGGAUGCGCUGGGACGCAGACUAUGAAAAAUGGCGGUUUUCGUGGGAGACACCCAAGACAGUGCCACGGCUCGCGUUUCAAGUGAACCCGAUUGUUGACUCAACGCAUCUUUUUCAAGAUCAAACUCCGAAAACCACGGUCUCGUCACAGAGCAGGUCUCAGACUCACGAGCCGUCUUCGAAUCUACUAUAG